AGAACAUCCCCCGCCACCAUAGUUAAUUCUGUACGCAGGAAAAUUAUGCGACAGCACCAAAAGUGAAAAAGAGAAAAGAGAAUUUUUCUAUAGCGAAGUUCGUACUCUUUUAAACUCCUUAACCAAGUGUUGAAUAGGUAUGUAUCAAUAGUGGUAUUAUUGAUUAAAUUAACUAUAGAGCAUCAUUCAAGUAUCAUAUUCAAGUUGUCAGACCCAAAUUUCAUUAUCAUUUGUAAGAGUUAAGUCGAAUAGCUUUAAGACUCACUGUAGAAAUUGAUUUGUCAUCAUCAUAAAAAUCAUAUAAAAGUCCACAACAUUUACUUAAGUUAUUAUAUAAUAUCACUUGAGUCAUAUAAUAAGUGAUAUCUCCAUAAAUUCCAAAUAUUCAUCAGUUUUUUUCAGAAUUUUUAAUAGUUUUCUUUUGGUUUUUGAUAGCUCUAUAAUAAUUAGUAAUCAAAUUCAAAAACAUUAAUACUAACAAAUUUAAUAGACAAAAUGGCUAGAAGACCUGCUAGAUGUUACAGAUACUGUAAGAACAAGCCUUACCCAAAAUCCAGAUACAACAGAGCUGUUCCAGAUGCUAAAAUCAGAAUUUACGAUUUAGGUAGAAAGAAGGCCCCAGUUGAUGAAUUCCCAUUAUGUAUUCAUUUAGUUUCUAACGAAUUAGAACAAUUAUCUUCUGAAGCUUUAGAAGCUGCUCGUAUUUGUGCUAACAAGUAUAUCACCAAGAUCUCCGGUAGAGAUUCUUUCCAUUUAAGAGUUAGAGUCCAUCCAUUCCACGUUUUAAGAAUCAACAAGAUGUUGUCAUGUGCCGGUGCCGAUAGAUUGCAACAAGGUAUGAGAGGUGCUUGGGGUAAACCACAUGGUUUAGCUGCCAGAGUCUCUAUUGGUCAAAUCAUCAUGUCUGCUAGAACUAAAGAUUCUAACAAGGAUGUUGUUAUUGAAGGUUUAAGAAGAGCUAGAUACAAGUUCCCAGGUCAACAAAGAAUUAUUAUCUCUAAGAAGUGGGGUUUCACUCCAUUAGACAGAGCCGAUUAUGUUGUUAAGAAGAACAAGGGUGAAGUCAAGGAUGAUGGUGCUUAUGUUAAAUUCUUAACCAGAAAGGGUAACUUAGAAGCUAACUUAAAGCAAUUCCCUAACUACCAAUACGAUGCUUAAAUUUAACUUGUUUAGGUUAUAUAUGCUCUAAUAAAUUGAGAAAUCUUGUUAAAAAUUAAAAGUAGAAUUAUUUAGUAGAACGUAUUGGUGCGAAUACAAGCUGACAAAGUAUGUUGUAAGGGCAUACUAAGUAUCAUUAAUAUUAAAACCCUACGCAGCUUUUAGUGGAUGUAAAUUCUCUGAUUCACAUAAAGUUAGUCUAUUACUUAGAUUUACAAACUCGCCAAAGUUCUUUAAUAGAAUUUAUGGCAUGAGUAUAUGACUAGAAGUUCUUUAUUGUUUUUACGUCUUUUCUUAUUACUAUAUUAGGAAGUUUUUGACUUUUUUCGCAGUAUAAUAGCUGCAAAUCAGGUUUAUGAGAUGGACCAUACUUUACCGAAGGAACACUUAACGUACAUAGUGAUUUCAAAUUACAAAUAUAUAAACUUAUAUAACUCUACCGUAUAAC